AUGGCUGUUUGUAAUUGUCGUGCUCUCUCUUUUGCUGCUCUAGAGCAUUCUGGGCCCACGAAGGUGGUGAAGGUGGGAAACGCGAGAGUGAGACGCGGCGGGAAGGUGGGGGAUUUUGGAGAUGCAAACAACUGGCCGACACCUGGAGAGAUCGCUACGAAGGAAGUCCAGGUGGUGAAGAAGUCCAAAGGAAAGAGGGAAAAUGAAGAGAGCAAAGAAAACCUGAAAGCCAAAUCGGACGACUCUGGAGAAGAGAAAAACACUGACGAGGAGUCGCAGAAAAAUGGACAAAAAAAGCGAGGAAAUAAGCACAAGUGGGUUCCUCUGAGGAUCGAGGUGAAGUCUGAGGGUCCUCGCGAGCGCUCGGCCUCCAGGAAUAACACGCGUCAGCUUGACGCUCAUCGAGUUCCUCCUAACGGCAGAAACGACCUGAGAGACUGGCACAGUGGGAAGUACGAUCAGGAGUUCAAGGACGACCAUGAUGAGGUGUCGAGCGUGAAGAGCGAGGGAGCGCCGUACAGAUACACUGCCAGGGGCCGCGGCCGGGGUCGGGGCCGGGGACGAGGACGCGGCAGAGGAGCCGGCAGAGGUCAUUAUGAAUACUAUGGCUAUAAAGGCUAUGAGGGGAAGGAUGGUGCUUGCGGUCAGAAAUUCAACAGCACAGUGACCUACUAUUACGACAACAUGAGCAGCGCUGAGCUGUACGCUGUGGACCAGGACCUGCUGAAGGACUACAUCAAGAGACAGAUUGAAUACUACUUCAGCAUGGACAACCUGGAGAGGGAUUUCUUCCUGCGCAGGAAGAUGGAUCAGGAGGGCUUCCUGCCGAUCGCUCUGAUCGCGAGCUUCCACCGAGUGCAGGCGCUCACCACAGACUUCCGCCUCAUCAUAGAGGCCCUGAAGGACAGUAAGGUGGUGGAGAUCACCGAUAUGAAGAUUCGCUGCAAGGAGGAGCCUGAGAAAUGGCCGCUGCCCGGCCUCGCUUUGCCGGACCAUUCGCACACAGACUUCUCUCAGCUCAUCGACUGCCCAGAGUUUGUUCCCAGGACCGUUGUGGAGAAGCAGACAGGUUCUCCGAGAGCCUCGGCGCCGGUGCGGCCCAAGACCGGUGAUGUGAGUAACCUGAAGCUGAUGCCGAAGGGCCUGUCUGCCAGCCUGCCAGAUCUGGACUCGGAGUCAUGGAUCGAAGUGAAGAAGAGGCCUCGGCCGUCACCAGGGCGACUCAGGAAAGCGGAAGAAGCACGGACGCCGGUUCAGACCGGGCCGAGCGCAGGCGAGGACCAGGACGAGCCGGAGGAGCUGGACUUCAUGUUCGACGAGGAGAUGGAGCAGAUAGACGGCCGACGCAACACUUUCACCGACUGGUCAGAUGAGGAUUCGGACUGUGAAAUCAACGAUCAAGACGUCAACAAGAUUCUGAUCGUCACUCAGACGCCGCCGUACCUGCGCAAGCAUCCCGGAGGAGACCGGACGGGGAACCACACCUCACGCUCCAAACUGACCAGCGAACUGGGCAAAGUCAUUAACGAUGGACUUUAUUACUACGAACAAGACCUCUGGGACGACACGUACGAGCCCGAGUAUGCCACUAUCAAGCAAGAAGUGGAGAACUUCAGGAAGGUGCACCUGAUCAGCCGAGAGCAGUUCGACUGUCUGACCCCUGAACCUCCCGUCGACCCCAACCAGGAGGUUCCUCCCGGACCCCCCCGACCCCAGCAGAUCCCCACAGAAGCCUUGGCCAACAAACUGUUCGGAGCGCCUGAGCCGUCAGCUAUCGCCCGCUCUCUUCCGACGGCCGUGCCUGACUCUCCCAGCUACCGCACGCCUCGCACGCCCCGCACCCCGCGGCUCAGGGACCCCACGCAGACACCCCGCUUCUACCCCGUGGUGAAGGAUGGACGGCCGCUGGACGCCAAAACGCCUCGCAAGCGAAAGACGCGGCACAGUUCCAAUCCGCCCAUGGAGUGUCACGUGGGCUGGGUGAUGGACUCCAGAGAGCACCGCUCACGCACCGCCUCCGUCAGCUCGAAUGCGAGUCCGUCUGAAGGCACCGCAGCGAUGGGUAAUUACUUAUGGACAGCAGAGAUUGAGUGUUAUGAACUGAUGGGCUGUCUCGUGUUCCUCAGGUACGGUCUGGAGUGUCUCUUCAGGUUUUACAGCUAUGGACUUGAGAGGAAGUUCAGGCCGGACAUAUUUAAAGAUUUUCAAGAGGAGACCAUUAAAGACUACGAAGCAGGCCAGCUGUACGGACUCGAGAAGUUUUGGGCCUUUCUGAAAUACUCUAAAACAAAGAACAUGGAGAUUGACCCCAAGCUGCAGGAGCAUUUAAGCAAGUUCAAGCGUCUGGAGGACUUCAGGGUGGAUUUAUGGACAGCAGAGAUUGAGUGUUAUGAACUGAUGGGCUGUCUCGUGUUCCUCAGGUACGGUCUGGAGUGUCUCUUCAGGUUUUACAGCUAUGGACUUGAGAGGAAGUUCAGGCCGGACAUAUUUAAAGAUUUUCAAGAGGAGACCAUUAAAGACUACGAAGCAGGCCAGCUGUACGGACUCGAGAAGUUUUGGGCCUUUCUGAAAUACUCUAAAACAAAGAACAUGGAGAUUGACCCCAAGCUGCAGGAGCAUUUAAGCAAGUUCAAGCGUCUGGAGGACUUCAGGGUGGAUCCGCCCAUGGAGGACGGCGGGCGUAAGAGACACCCUUCCAGCGGCGAUGGCCGUCGCCGUCAUCCCUCCCAGACCGCUCCUGCCUCCAGAGAUGAUGCCAAAGCCCCGGGCCAGCGAGCAGCGGCGCCCAAAUGAGCGUCUGACCCGACCGCACAAGCACGACACAACGGCUCAUGAUCGUCAAAUCAAGGCUCUUCCACCUCCUCCUCCUUCACAGCAUCUGUGUGUCACAAACGGACAGCAGAGGGCAUGAGAAAUUCUUCCUUUCUUUGUUUUAUUAAAGACUUUGAAGUUUUAUUCCUCUUGUAUCAUCGGGCUUUUGUUGGAUCUUUCUGCUUUAUAUCCUCCUCACUGUUUGAUUUGGCCGAACGAUGCGUUGAUUCCACACUGAUUUUUCUUUUUUUUUAAGGAUUGCGUUGAAGGGUAAGGUUGCUCCUGACUAGAGUAGGUACUGGAUGAGACAAACACUUCACUCAGAAAAUCAUGUGAUCUGUAGUUGUUUGAGCCAGAUGAUUUUAUGUUGCCGGUUUUUCGGGGGUCUUCGAUAGAUUUUCUAGCAGAAGUUGGCUUGGGCAUCACUGUGACACUAACGUCCCGCUUGCCAAAUCCUCUCGUUUUCCUCCACGUGUCUGUUACAGAAGACAUCAGCGACGACUCUUAGCUUCAGCGAGCUGCGCUCCGUUGUGUUCGUGGAUCAUUCCUCAGCUCGUCGUCCUGCGAGGAAACAUCGGAGACGGAAACAUCCCAGAUCUAGUGUUAAUCCUAGUGUACAUAUGAAUUCAAGAAAUUAAGAGACAUUGCACCACCUGGCUGUACGUGUCAUUUAUUGUUUAUAGAGAUAUAUUUGCCUUACGUGUGCAUCUUUUUUAUGCUCACCCGAAUGCGUCUGAGCUUCUGCGUCUGAGCUCGGUGUCAUUACGGGGUCAUUUUAGUAUCACUUCUUGAUUUUCUUCAUGCAAACAGCAGGACGGUCUGACUAAAGGGAAACUGACCUCAGGGUAUCAACUGGAAUCGUGAAGAAAGACACUAUUAUGAUGAUGAUGAUGAUUAUUAUAAGUGAUGCAUCUGAGAACUUUGCCGACUGCAUUUGGAUCAUAAGCAAUAUUCCAGUCACUGAUCUAAUUUAUGGAUUUUCACACGAGUUUGGCUGCCAUAUGACCAUCUACCUGUUUGUUUGCUCCAGUGUUUUCAGUCAUUUUGGUUUCCAUUCAUCUCUCUCUGGUGAUAUUUGGAUUUGAGUUUUAUUUCGUAUUAACUUGCGACACGUUUAGCAGUUCCCUUCUCCUGCUUUCCCUCGAUAGGCUUCUUCAUUCAGAGUAGCUGUGGUCAAAUCCUGAUGAGGAAAAUCUUGUGAUCACUGAUGUAAUUAAAAACCUUUUAUUCAACUAAA